AAAUCGGAUAAGCAAAGCUGAAGAACUCAAAAAACAAAAACUAAAAGAGGACGGCCCUCCACCACAAAUAUCUUUGCAAUCACCAAUCUCUAUAGGCACAGCCUUUUCUUGUCCUUACAACUCCUACCCAUUUCACAUAACAAUGGCUUCUUUACAAAAUUCACCAUCUUUUUGUUAUACAUUGUCUCCUAACUCUUUUCCUCAGAUAGGAUUACAAAGGUAUUAUGAUUCUUUUCCUUGCUGUAGAAAAGGCAUUUCUUUUGUUGUUCGAGCUGAGCAUUCUUUGCCUAAUUUAACUUCUCUUUCUCAAGUUAGACCUGGGAGACGCCAAUUAGUUGCUGUCAGUUUGGUUGCCCCUUGGGUUUCUCUGGUUAACCAAACCUCACCAUCAUUUGCUGCAGAAACUAAAAAGGGAUUUCUGUUAGUCACAGACAAGAAGGAUGGAUACUCAUUCCUCUAUCCAUUUGGGUGGCAGGAAGUGUUUAUUGAAGGCCAAGACAAAGUCUUUAAAGAUAUUAUCGAGCCAUUAGAAAAUGUCAGUGUUACGACAGUCCCAACCUCCAAACAAGAUAUUCGAGACUUUGGACCUCCACAACAGGUUGCCGAAGUAUUGAUCAAAAAAGUUUUGGCCCCUCCAUCUCAGAAAACUAAACUAAUUGAGGCAUCUGAGCAUGAUGUGGAUGGAAAGACAUAUUACACAUUUGAGUUUACUGCUCGGGCUCCCAACUAUACUCGCCAUGCUCUUAGUACAAUCUCCAUUGGCAACGGUAAAUUCUACACAUUGACGACAGGAGCCAAUGAGAGGAGGUGGGAUAAGAUGAAAGACAAAUUACACGAGAUCACCGAUUCGUUCAAAAUUUUUAAUGUCUGAUCAUCAGGAGCAAUCCUUUGCUGAUAUAAAGCACCAGUGCGCAUUUUCCAGAAUCGUACAAGGUCUCAGUUGGAAACACAAUGUAUUAUGCUUCCUCAUUUCUUGUUUUUGUCUUCUUCUUUUCUUGUUCUAAGGCAACCAUUGUAUAAUUCUAAGAGCUGUAUGCAAAUCCUUUUUGGAAAUUCACUUUCCCCCUCGUAUAUUCUUAAAUGCAAUUAAUAUAUACUGCAAAUAAAGUAGAAGUUCUGUUUA